GCGCGCUCCGUCGCGGCUGCAGCAGCGGCUAAAACUUCAGCGGCCCGUCUGAGCUGCGUGCCGGGGGUCGAGCGGGAAUCCCUCACGGGCAGAAGCCAAUCGGGGGCCCAAAGCGAGGCGAUCGGGGCAGAGAAGAACUCAGCCAGAGGCGGCCCAAUCCGCCGGCUCCGCGGCCUCCCGCCUUGACCUUGCCUCGUCUGGCCGGGCGCCCUCCUCCUCCUCGUCCGCCCGCCCAGCCAACGACUCACCUGCCGCGCCGCACCGCCGGGACUAAUUCGAGAGUGGCGGCCGAAGCAGCAGCAUCGCCGGCUGGGCGUCGCCAGAUGCAGGGAUCCCAGCUGAGUCUCAGCCUAGCCGGGCAAAGGCGCGGGAGCCGCGGGAAGCGCACCAUGCCCGGGACGCGACUGCUCCUCCGCCUGGCUCUCCUCUGCGGCUACACGCAGCUCCUGGCCGAAGCCAGUUCUUGGUGGUCAUUGGCUAUGAAUCCAAUCCAGAGACCUGAGAUGUACAUCAUUGGAGCCCAACCAGUGUGUAGCCAACUACCAGGGUUGUCCCCAGGCCAGAGAAAGUUGUGCCAACUAUACCAGGAACACAUGAUGUACAUUGGUGAGGGGGCUAAGAACGCCAUCAAAGAGUGCCAAUUCCAAUUCAGGCAGAGGCGAUGGAACUGCAGCACAGUGGACAACACAUCUGUCUUUGGCAGAGUUAUGAGCAUUGGUAGCCGAGAAACUGCCUUCGCAUACGCUGUCAGUGCCGCAGGAGUCGUGAACGCCAUCAGCCGCGCCUGCCGCGAAGGAGAGCUCUCGACUUGUGGUUGCAGCCGGACAGCACGACCCAAGGACCUGCCCCGGGACUGGCUUUGGGGUGGGUGUGGGGACAAUGUGGAAUAUGGCUACCGGUUUGCCAAAGAGUUUGUGGAUGCCAGAGAAAGGGAGAGGAACUAUGCCAAGGGAUCAGAUGAGCAGGCCCGGAUACUCAUGAACCUACAGAACAACGAGGCAGGGCGCAGGGCAGUGUACAAGCUAGCUGAUGUGGCUUGCAAGUGUCAUGGAGUCUCGGGGUCCUGCAGCCUCAAGACAUGCUGGCUGCAGCUGGCUGACUUCCGCAAAGUGGGGGAUUUUCUGAAGGAGAAAUACGACAGCGCUGCUGCUAUGAGAAUCGGCCGCAAAGGCAAGCUCGAGCUAGUGAAUAACCGCUUCAAUUCACCCACCCCUGAGGACCUGGUCUACAUUGACUCCAGUCCGGACUAUUGCCUGCGUAAUGAGACCACUGGCUCCUUGGGCACACAAGGGCGGUUGUGUAAUAAGACUUCGGAGGGCAUGGAUGGAUGCGAGCUGAUGUGUUGCGGCCGGGGCUAUGACCAGUUCAAGAGUGUGCAAGUAGAGCGUUGCCACUGCAAGUUUCACUGGUGCUGUUACGUCAAGUGUAAAAAGUGCACAGAGAUUGUUGACCAGUAUGUCUGUAAAUGAAAAGGCCAGCGAGACCUACAAAGUCUAUAUGAUAAUAAAUCUAUAUAAAUCUAUUUUAUAUAUAUUUGUAUAAAUAAAUAGAGGAAGAUGUUGAUGUUGUUGAUGAUGAUGUAAUAAUUAUAAUUAAAGAAGCUUAUUUAAGAGACUGAAAUGCUUCCACUAAAACAACCGGGCGGGUCAGGAUGCUCCUUUUUAAAUUAUUUAGUCAUGGAGCAAGGAAAAGGAAACAAACAAACAAACAAAAGACCAAGGAUGGUAUUUCUGUACUUGUUCUCUUGAAACGACUCUCAGCCAGAAUAAAUGAGAAACUCGAGGUAUGGGGCUGGCUCCAGAUUCUUUGCCACGGAAGCAGUGAGAACGGUGAUGGUACUAAUUAAUGGCAGAGAUGGUCCUUCUGCUAGCUGAUAGCUGAAAUUCAAAGAAGAUACAUGUGUCUUGAGGGCACAGCCAAAGAAAAGCGCUUUGGAAGCGCAGAUGGAUUUCCAAAAGGACGUGAAAUAGUUCUCUUUGCUUAACAACACACCAGACUCCAAAAAAUAAAUAAAGAAAUAAAUGUCAAUUUUAAUACUGAAGACCAAUUUCCAAGACAGAAAUCCAUGCAAGACUGUCGCAGAAGAGCGUGGGUUCUUCAUCCAAAGUUUGAAACAAAACCUUUACCUCUGACCUCAAAUGUGCUGCUGCAUCCUUGUCUCAUGGGUGGGUUGGGGGGGGGGAAACCUUGCAUCUGGUUCUUCUACCUUUUGUGAAAUCCGGCGGGUGGGAAAGAGGUUUGAAAAUAGAAUUCUCUAAAGCUCUGAAAGAAAAGCCAUGCUGUCAAAAUGAGAUGAUUUUCUUCAGCUGGUUGAUCUGGUUUUUUGCUUGUAGAGAAAAGACCUGUCCGGGUGCUUCUUGUGGAUGGAGAAGAGACUGUAUUCUGCCUAAGUGCCUUUGAACUUUUUUUAAAAAGACAGAUAUACGUAUGUGAGAUUCUACAAGUACACCAAGCUUUACAUGGAUGUGAAUUUGAAUAGCCAUGGGGGGGGGGCAGUUCUUUUUUCCAGUAUCCAAGAUGUACAGUUAUUUUUUAAUAUUAAAUAUCCCUUGCUUUUGCCCUCUC